ACCAACUGGGAGAACUGGGAGGGGGAGACUGGUUGACUGGAUCGGUUCUGGUGACCCGGUUCUGGUCCAGGAGGUCAGCACCAACGACUUCGGCUCAGCUGGAGAAACAAACCGGCCCGCAGAGAGAGGUGGUUCUGGUACUGACGACGUCAUCAUGAAGUCUCCACCAGAACCCUCAGAGACGCUCUCCUCUGCCUCGGCUGGACCUUCUCGUCCGUUCUUCUCCAUCACGAGUCCACAGCUGCAGGAGGAGUUCAGAAAAGAACGUCUGAGAAGAUUGGAGGCUCACGGCGACGUCAACGGGACCUCCUCUCCUCCCUCCCCCCGGACCUCCCCCUUCAGCUCCUCCCCAUCUUCACAGGCCUCCCCCCUCAGGACCUCCUCCCAGGGGGUUCCCCCCUUAAGCCCAUCCUUCCCUGCAGCCUCCCCCCUCCAGCCUUCGUCUCCCCAGGCGGUCUCCCCCCUGAGAACCUCGUCUCCCCAGGCCUCCCCCCUGGACUCCCCCUUCAGCCCGACUCCCUCCGACUCUCCAUCUACGCCCUUGAAGUCGUCCCCCUGGCAGUCAGACGGUUCCCCAGCUCUGUCUCUGUCCAGCCCUGAGCUGCUGUCAGAGCUGAAGCAGGGCAGGCCGCAGCCUCUGAGACGUGUUCCUGAAAAGAAAGGACUGACCACCGUCUUCUCUGGACGAGGACGACAGGUGUCUGGCUCCUCCCCCAUAGCUUAACCAGCCAAUAGGAAGGCAGUAUCUGGACCAGCACCUGACCCAAACACCUCCGACUCUGAUUCUACCUCCACAUCUCCUCCAGCGUCUGAACAAACUGAACAUCGGAUACCACAAAGCAUCUCCUAAAGAAACCACGCCCCCUCAUAAGCCCCGCCCCUUUAAAACCCACCUCCGGUUCUGCAGAAGAUCCACGGACAUUUUUGUUCUGAAGGGAUGAAGAUCAACACGUUUAAUCUCAAACAUCAUCUUCUUAAUUUCAGAUAAACUUUGUUGUAAAAAUAAUGUGUUGAAAUAUUUAAAAUGAUUAAACAGCAGAAAUAAAGUUUUAUUAUAUGCAUCAAGUUU